AGUCCGGCCUUUCCCUGCGCUUCUCUUGGCAUCGGGAUGGCGGCGGCGGAGGAGGCGGCGGAUCGCGCCCGGGCGGCGGCGGCCCAGUGGCUUCUCUGGGACAAGAACCCUAAAACCUUGGAAAUAGUUAAGCAGCUGAUUGCCAAGGGAAGCAUGGAAGAACUAUUGAAAUGCUUCGGCUCACGGAUGGAAUUUGGGACGGCAGGACUUCGAGCGGCGAUGGGACCAGGCACAUCCCAGAUGAACGACUUGACUAUUAUUCAGACUUCCCAGGGAUUUUGUAGGUAUCUGGAAAAGAACAUCAGUGACCUGAAAAAGAGAGGAGUGGUUAUAGGCUACGAUGCGCGGGCCCAUCCAUCAAGUGGGGGUAGCAGCAAAAGGUUUGCAAGACUCACUGCCACAACAUUCGUCACCCAGGGAGUUCCUGUCUACCUUUUCUCCCAGAUCACACCGACUCCCUUUGUGGGAUAUAAACAAGGAGACCAAGUUGAAAUUCGUUCACACCUCUGUCCACGGGGUAGGCCACGAGUUUGUGCAGUCGGCCUUUAAGGCCUUCGACUUUAGUCCUCCCUUCGCGGUGCCUGAGCAGAAGGACCCCGAUCCGGAAUUUCCCACCGUAAAAUACCCAAAUCCAGAAGAAGGGAAAGGUGUACUGACUCUCUCUUUUGCUCUGGCGGAUAAAAAAGGCGCUCGGGUUAUUUUAGCCAACGAUCCGGACGCCGAUCGGCUUGCAGUGGCCGAGAAACAAGGAAGUGGAGAAUGGAAAGUGUUUUCUGGCAACGAAUUUGGAGCUCUUUUAGGAUGGUGGCUGUACACAUGCUGGAAAAAUCAAAAUCAGACUCCCAAUGCCAUUAAAGACGUAUAUAUGUUAGCGAGCACCGUGUCCUCCAAAAUAUUGCGAGCAAUCGCUCUCAAGGAAGGUUUUCAUUUUGAGGAAACGUUAACAGGAUUUAAAUGGAUGGGAAAUCGAGCCAAGGAGCUGAUAGACCAAGGAAAAAAUGUCUUAUUUGCUUUUGAAGAAGCCAUCGGAUAUAUGUGCAGCCCUGUCGUACUGGAUAAAGACGGCGUGAGUGCUGCAGUCAUAACCGCAGAGAUGUCUAGCUUUCUGGCCACGAAGAAUGUGACUCUGUCUCAACAGCUGAAAAACAUUUACACAGAAUACGGUUAUCAUAUCACCAAGUCUUCUUAUUUUAUCUGUAACGAUCAGAAGGUCAUCACAGCUCUGUUUGAGAAACUUCGGAAUUACGAGGGGGAAAAUACCUACCCCAAAUCCUGUGGGAAAUUUGCCGUCUCUGGAGUCAGAGAUCUGACGACCGGCUUUGACAGUAACCAAGCUGAUAAAAAAGCA